AUGUCAUCCUCUGCUCAAGACGUUGUUCUGCACUGGUUUCCAGGAUCUCCGUAUUGUCAAAAGAUAAUUUGGAUAUUAAACUACAAGAAGGUCGAUUACAUGACUGUGCAGAUCAAUAGAUUAGAACCUCGCCCUCUGCGUAGGCCCCUUGAUGGCGGCUACAGAAAGACGCCCAUAUUGCAAAUUGGUAACCACAUUUACUGCGAUACUAAAAGUAUUAUACCUGCUCUUGAAAACCAAUUCCCUGAGCCCAGUUUAUGUCCCAAGCUUACCACUAACCCCGAUGUUUCUUCUGAAGCGUUGGCUAGAGGAUUAACUGUUUGGUUGGAUAGUCAUCUAUUUACAGCAAUUUUUUCUCAAAUACCCAUCCAGACGUUUACUACAGAUGUGCUCAAGGAUAGAAGUGAGUUGGUUGGCUAUCAGCUAGAUGCAAAGGCUAUGAUCGCUGCUGCUCCUUUUAUGAAAGCCACUAUCCUAUCUGAAUUCCGUAUAGCUGAGAGUAUUCUUGCUGAAAAAACGUGGGUUCUGGACACUGACACCCCAUCACUUGUCGAUUUUAGUCUUGCCAUGAUGACCUUCUUUUGUAAAAAUGUGGCUGGUGAAGAUUGGAUCCAAAGCAAGCUGAAGAGGCUAUAUGAGCAUAUGAAUCGUAUAAUGAGUGUUUUCACGGAUACUAUGCAGGAGGCUCGUCCCCAGAUCACCGAAAUGGAAGCUCUUGAAAUAUUGAAACGCCAUGAAUCUGAUACUCUUCCAAGAGAUUUCGAGGUCAAUGAUAGUACCCUUCCAAUCGAACUAGGCCAAUUAGUGUCUGUUACUCCCUUGGACACAGGUAAAAUCCCUGCUUUUGGCAGACUGAUAAGAAGUACUAUUGACGAAACCGUUAUUUCUCACAAAAACGCCGAGCAUAACACUACCAGUAUUAUUCAUUUCCCUGUUACUGGAUUUAUCGUUGUCCCUACAAAGCCUCAAGUCAACUAA